AUGCUUGCCGGUUUCUUCUUCCUGCUCCUCACAGGUGGGGGCACCUCCAGUUACUCAGAGCAACCAGAGCUUCUUGAUGAUCUACAGAAGUCUAAUCAGAGCUUUGAGGAAGGUGCAAGUACCUUCAAUUACUCAGGACAACCAGCACUUCAACAGAACUUCAGUCAGAGCUCUGAGGAAGAUGGUUCCAACUGCCAGGUCCUCACACCGCCCCUGAAGUUCCAGCUCUUGGGCAGCGCUCUCAAGAAUAGAAUGUGUCUUGAUGUUUUUGCUGUAGAUGAUGAGUCCUCCAAGAGGAGCUGCAGUUAUCGGGAUCUUUUAAAACACUUGAACCUGACAAAAAAUGAGUUGCACACCAUGACCCUGCCUGUUAGAAACCAUUUGUCCACCAUGCACAUACAACUGGCUGUACUUCUCUAUGCCAUUCUAGAUGUGAAAGAGAAGGACCAGAAGUUUGUUUCGUGCAUCCGCAUUUUUAUGUCAUGGAAAGAUGAAUACAUUCACUGGGAUCCUCAGGACUUCUGUGGCAUUGAGACGAUGUCUAUUUCGUCUGAACUAAUAUGGAAGCCAGAUGUAAUUGUCAAAGAGAUGACAGAUCAGGGCAAGGCCCCUCCGAGUCCUUAUCUUAUCCUUCGGAAUAACAGUGAAGUCGUCUUUAAGAAGUACAUGGUGGUGGUCAGCAACUGCAGGAUGCAAAUUUACAAAUUUCCCUUUGACAUUCAGAGCUGCAACCUCACUUUCAGGUCUGCAAUGCAUUUAGACAAGGCAAUAAAGUUUGAAAUCAUGUUUGACUCCUCAACGACCACAGAGUGGUCUCACGAGUCGAUUCAGACCCAGUCCGAGUGGUUGUUCAUCAACAUGACCGUCACCGACAUCACUGUCCGUAACAAAAGCUAUGUCAUUUACACUAUCUCCAUGAAGAGGCGGUCUCUCCUCUACAUCGUCAACUUCUUACUACCCAUCCUGUUCUUCUUGUGUCUGGACUUGGCCUCCUUCCUGGUCUCAGACAGCGGGGGCGAGAAGCUCGGCUUCAAGGUCACUGUGCUGCUUGCUGUCACUGUGAUGCAGCUUAUUCUCAAUGAUAUUCUGCCUUCCUCUUCAGACAGGACUCCACUUAUAGCUAUUUACUGCAUUGGGAUGUUUGGUUUGAUGCUGCUGAGCCUCCUGGAGACGAUUGUGGUGAUGUAUCUGAUGGAGAAAGACUCUGAAUCCCAAGACAACGACGCAGAUAGAGACCAAAGCCUGCGUAAGGACUGUGGAGACAAAGAGAGCAAAGUCAGCUUCCACAGCUGUUUUAGAGAGGUUAAGAAAUUACACUGUGCGUGUAUCUGUGAUGUGUCUCCUGGUGAAGCACCAUCUGAACGACUGUCGUUGGCCAAAGAGGGCAGCAGCAGCCAACUGACGGAGAAGUGCUGUGAAUCUGAAAAGCUCUCGGAUGAGCUGGUGGAGGCGAUGAAAACUCUGAGUCUGCUCCUCAGCAGCAGGAAGGAAGAAAAGAAAACGGGCUACUGGACCAGAAUGACUAAAACAAUCAACAAAGUUUUCUUCAUUUUCUACAUCAUAGCUGCCUCUGUGUUUUUAGUCUGCAUGUUUAUCAUGUGGAGUACUCCAGAAAAGAAUAGUGCCUAUAAUUCUGAAAACUGUCAUGACUGUCAUGCUGCAGGUCGACCAACUCUGGUGUAACUAACUUGAGUCACUGACCACACACUUUACUCUCACUCUCCUGGCCUAUAUACCUAAUCCUAACAGUGGUUUUCUUUUACAUCAUGUUCUGCUGCUUUAAAGCUGAUGAUUGAAGGUGUACUUGGCUGUUCAGGUAGUAUUUAAUCUAUCAGUGGUAUCUACACACAUUUGCUGUUUGCUUGUUAGGCACAGUGGUUCACAUCAAACACACAUGUUGUCUUGUAAUAUUCUGGUCAACUAAAAUGCCAUCAAGUGUUAGACUCAUGUCUUUGCUUUGGAUAAAUAAGCACACUCCACCAAUACACAUAUUAAAGAAGAAUGAUAUAUGGAGGUGUUAACAAAAUAGCAUGCAAUCCUACAUAAAUAUAACAGACAAUGUUUAUAAUUACCUUAAAACAUAAUAUGUAAAAAGAAAAAAGAAAAAAUCAGAUAUGUAUACUAUGACACAUGCAGUAAAGGUGCACAAAAAUUCAUGUCAUACAUGUUUUCACAGGUUUGUUUUGUUGCCACAGGAACUUUAUCUAACCUCUAUUAACUGACAUUGCCAAUGCAACAUGGCUUAAAUAAGAAUGAUCAAAAUCACUGCAGCACAUGCUGACAUAUCCUGACUGUUCAUCCCUAGGCUCAAACAUUUAAAAACAAUAUAGUGCUGUAUGGCACCUCAAGUGGUUCUAUACAGCACUAUUCAACAAAGAUGGGUGACAUAUAGCACCAAAACAGGUUCCCCUGUGAUUACAAGUCAAAGAACCGCUUUUGCUCACUGUUCAGCACUAUUUUUGCCCCACAAACAUUUUUUUGUGGACAGUUUGGAGAGGUGUGGACUUGGGUGAGACUCAAGUCACAAAUUUGAUGACUUAAGACAUUGAUGUUCAAGUCCAAGUCUAGUCGCAAUGCUUUUUUGAUUUUCUCAUGUAAAGUCUAGUGACUUCAUUUGGACUUGAGCCUUUUGACUUGAAAAUACUUGAAACCUUCCCCCAAGGCAGUUUGGGAAGAAAAAGUUUUGGAUAUUUGGACAUGAGAUGAGUUAAAUACAACAAGACAAAUCAGAAAUGUACUAACUGUAUUCUGCUGUGGUACUGGUUGAUUUUGCUAGAUGCUAAUGUGUAAACCGAGGCCUGUACUACGAAGCCAGUCCAACCUGCCCAGGAUAUCUUUUCACUAUCUGCUUUGACUAACAUUAACAUUGGUACUACAGGUACUACGAAGCUGGUUAUCAGCUAGUUCAGUCAACUCUGGGUUUUCCUAUCCAGCCAAGAGCGCAUUCAUGUGAAAGAGGCGGGAGUGUUAAUUAUGAG